UUUUAAUGUCUAUGGAAUUUGCGAGUUUCGCGGACCUACCUGUAAAUACUUUCCGAUUUGAAUUUUGACUAUUGUGGUAAUCACCAACGAUUAAAAAAAAAAAUUCGAAUAAGUUCAACAUAAAAUUAUGGUUUCUUAGUCUUCAACUCACUCUGCGAUAAAAGUGCGUUCAAGAGAUGUGAUUAUGAACGGUGUUGGUACCAAUAAGAAGGCAACAGUUUCUAGCAAAAUCGUUUUGGUACCAAACGAAUUUGCCAUGGAAAAUAGAACAAUGAAUGUCGAAACCAAAAUGGAAACAGAUGAAAAAGAUAAAUUUAGAGAUCCUAACGUAAAAGCAGUUUCUAGCGUCCAAGCAAUGGAAUUGGAAUCCUCCGAGACAGCUAGCACUCAGCAGAGCCUGGAUCCAGAUGAUCAGUACAGUACUGACUGUGAUCCCUUAGGUUCUGUUUGCGGCCCACAUUCAAAUUGCCCAUGUUCAGUACACAGUAAGAUUACCAGCGAGGAUGAAGACAGCAAAGAUCCGCCGUUAAGAUCAUCCCUAUUGGAAUAUGAUGAAACUUGUGACCCAGAACAAAACACCGUUAUUAUUAAAUCAGAUAAUGUUCCAACACUGUUUAUAAAUAAAUCAGUUACUAUGACCAAAUCCCAAGUAACAACGGGUGAGAAGAACAUAGGUAAUGUCAUAAUUUCCAAUGAUAAUAAUGUAUUACCGAUUGUCAAAAAUAAUGCAUGUAAUGACCAAAUGUUGUAUGCUGAAGAUGAAGGACCAAAACUAUAUCAAGUGAAAGGAAGCAUUGUAACACCGCCUAUAGUAACGAAAAAUUUGAUGGAAGCCUUUAAGUUUUUGCCUAUAUUUGGAAAGCCAAAACCCACAGAAGACCUCAAUAAAUUUCUGACUGAAAAAAUUAGAGAGUAUGUUGGUUGUGAUCUGAAUGAUGAAGAGUUUGGUAACGUUGUAAAGUUUUGCAGUCCGAACCAUCUGAGGACAGGCAACGAGCUGAAAAUGUCGAACCGCUAUCCGACGCAAGAGCCGUUGCCCGACCACGUCGUGCACUCGCUGGAGCGCUGCGACCUGGACGACAACCCGCGCGUCGUGCGCCAGCUCAAGCUGCGCGUGGACAAGGACGACCGGCGCCUGUACAUGAAGAGGCUCAAGUACAGAGGGCUGAAGUUGCUGCCCCUCCCACAGCUUGAAGAUUACAAAAUAUCACUCACGAGUCUGGAGCCGGGCCGCGACCUGGUGUUCCGCGUGCGCGUGUACCGGCCCUUCUACUGCAGCAGCAAGGAUAGACAUAACACACGGCACUCGAUCUUCAGCAACGACAUCGUGCUACUGGGCCGUCAGAAGCUGAGCGCGCUGCGCGACCGGCUCGUGUGCCCCAACGACGUGGGCAUGCGCGUCGACGUGUCGCAGGGCCCCGACGAGCAGCCCGCCACCUCCGCCAAGGACUUGUUCCCGUCCGGCUUCCUGUUCAUUAACAACGUGUUCUACGUGGACAUGCGCGAGGGCUGCAAGGACCACUCCGAGCCCAUCCGCGAGUGGGCGCGCUCGCGCCAGCUGGGCGCCUUCCCGCGCCGCGACAUGGCGGACGUGCGCGUCGACCAGCUGCUGGUGCGCCUGGGCCACCCCGAGGUAUACGUGCACCAGGGCAACUGCGAGCACCUCUUCACGUUCUCCGAUGUCCGGCUCCUCAACCCGACCGACCCUCUGCGUCUGUCGGUGUACCCCUUCCAUACAGCGAUAUCGCAAAACCAAACGAUAUAUUGCACGACGUGCGCCGAAUUUGGGGCUAAAUGGAUCGUCACAGGUUGCUCCAGGGUCCCAUUCGACCCCGCGUUCUUCUGCGAGACGUGCUUCAAACUGUACUUGUAUAAGGACGGUAAAAAGAUAUGCGAUUUCAAAGCGUACUGCUAUAGGGGCAACGAGAUUAACUUGCUUAAACCCAAUUCGUGAUUGCAUAAGAAUACCUCAUGGGCUCGCUCAAGGAUACGCUGGCCUCGCACUGGUUAUUAUCGUCUGAGUAAUAUCUGUUUGGGCUUAUGUCUGACUAGCGGUCCCUCGCGACUUCUUCCGCGUAUAUGUCCAUCUUAAAAGAUAGACAUAUGCUGUCAGGAACUUUUAAAGGGCAACAACUAUGUCGUACAAGAUUUUAUCGAAACUUUAACCGUUUACGCAGCGCAUGCAGCGAAAAGUAAAAAAAAACACCGAUCUUGAAACAUUCUUCAUUGGUGCCAUGCUCCUAUUGUUCUUAGCGUGAUUAUAUAUAGCAUAUAGCCUUUAAGCCGAAACAUUAAAAAAAAAUUCAAAUCGGACCCGUAGUUUCUGGGAUCAUCGCGUUCAAGUAAACAAACAAACACUUGAGCUUAUGCCAAUCAGGUUAGUUCGUUACCAUCCAAGACAUCACUUUUCACCACGUGAGUUUGUAUUCAAGGGAAAACGUUGUAGUGGAAUAAAAAAAAUGGCACUAUUCCGCUCGCAACAAUUCUGCUGAUUUUGGAAUGGUUUUUUUGUGGAUGCUUCAUCUUUCAGGAGGUUUUGGCUUUCAAUGCAGCGUAGCUGAGUAGUUACCCUGCAUUAGAAGUGUUUAAAAAUUAGCAGCGGCUUGUUGACAAAUGUAAUAUAGCAGGGUCGCUUCUGCGAUAAAACUUUUAUCCAUCAAAACAGUAUUAAAAAUGCCUAAAUGGUUUUCCAAUAUCAAACCAUAUCGUUAACGGUUGGAGUAUAUUAAGCGCCAGUCAUAAUGUGCGGCCAGCACUAAAAAAUCUUUAGAAACUAUGUAAAUAAUAGUUUGAUUACCUCUCGACUGAUACGAUAGAGACAGAAAAAAAACAAGCGGGAAUCGACGUGAGCCAAAUUUUGUUUUAUUAUUAUUUUUAUUACCUGUAAGUAUCAAAUAACAUAAACAAAAAUAAAUCGUUUCACAAUGAGUAAAGAAGGUAUUAUUAUGUAAUUAAACAACGUGUAAAUGAAACCCGAAAUAAUACUACAUAGGCUUUACAGCUACAUUAUGUACUGUCUCUGAUACUUAUCUGUGAACCCGAAAACCUAGUAAAAUACUACCAUAGUUUUUACUGAAAGAAAUCAGAUAUCACAUCCAGCCAUCACAUGCAAAAUUAACGUUAUGUGUCUCCUGUCACUUUAUUAAGUACUAUGCACGUGUCGGUCUUUUAUCUUCAAUAGGGUUGUCAAAAGUUAACACUUAUGUUAAAGGUAUACUUAACGUUAAAUGUUAUGAUUUUAAUAUGUUUACAGGAUGAUUCCUUGUGAAAUAUACUUAUGCAUCCUUUAAUAUUAUUUCGUAAUUCGGUUACACGUUGUAUAUUAAUUAAAUAUUUUUUUCUAUUGUAAAGGUUUCCCUUACCACGUUGUACCAUACCCUUAACGAAUUAGAAACGAUGUAAGUCCUUUCAUCAAACCCAAACUUCCUUUGCCAUGACAUUUUAACCAUGUUAACGUGCGUGCUUGCUUGCGUGUGUGUUUGCGUCCAUGCAAGUUUUUGUGUGUGCACGUUUGCGUGUGUGCGUGCGUGUUAUUGCACGCUAACUGAUGGUAACUUUCCUGAUAAUGUGUGUGAAACAUAACUGACGACCCCAGGUUUCUAGUUUCUAGUGAUCCAGAGCUCGAAAAGUUAUUUGUUCUUAUAAAGUUGGUGUUACAAUUUAUAAUUUACAUGUAUAAGAUUUGUUUGACGAUGAAAUAAAUGGUUCGCGGCUAUGAUCCCAACA